CAGGAUUUAUCUUUCGAUUAGCUCAUAAGUAGUUACAGAUAUAUUUAAUAUUAUUGUUAGAACUAAACUUUUUCAAAAUUAAAGCACUUUAUAAAAUCUCUUAUAAGAUCGUCUUCAGCAAUUUAAAUCAUUUUAAAGCAAUUUUACGAAAGCAACACUAGUAGUAUUUGGCUUUGAUCAAAUUUUUCGUUCAUUAUAUAUUUCCUGCGUCCUCUGUAUUAUUAAUAUUUAAAGUUGAAAAACAAAGUAACUUAUAAACAAAAAUUAUAAAAAUCACAGGAAAAACUAUUAUUGAGGUUACGAGUAAUUUAUAAAAACUUUAUAGACGUGAUGAGUGUAUUUCAUUUGCUUAAUAAUUUCGCUAGACUGUCUGUGUGCUCAGCCGUUAAUCCGCGAUAUAUUUCCACAUAUUCGAAUCCAUUGUAUUUUCAAGUCACUAAUAUACUUUUAGGAGAGCCACUUAAAAAGAAAAAAAGAAUUGAUCCCCAAGUUAUUAAAAUGAGAGAAGAUAGGAAAAGAAAGAAAUUGGAAAAACAAAUUAAACGUUUAGAACGUAUUGUUAAGCAAUUGAAACCUAUCUAUGAAUGUGAAGUACCAGUCAAGUUAAUCGAGGAAAAAGAGAAAAGGUUACGUAAGGUUACUGUUCUAUCUCCCGAGGAAAUAGACAGGAGAGCAUUAUUGCAAAAAGAAUGGUGCAGAUACAAAUUGAAUCAGUGGUUGAAAGAUUCAAAUACUAUAAACUCUAUUCUGCUUUCACAGGAGAAAGCAUUAAAGGAACUUAAAGCUGAGUCAGAGGAACUUUAUCAGAAAGCAAUAGAAUUUGAUGAAUCAUUUCUGCCAUACAGUGUAUUUGGACCAGUGAAUACUCCAGCGAUACCUGAUUAUGAAGCUCCAGAUGGUGCAUAUACAGAUAUUUCAAUUAAAUACAUAGGAGAAACCUAAGCAAGUAGAAUCAAUAUCACUAAUGAAGAAUUGUAAAAUGCAAAAGAACAAAAGUUUAAUAUGUUCGCGUUUUUACGUAAAUGAAAGAGUUGUUACCCUCUUCGUUUUUCACAUUUUAUAAGACUAUUUUCAAUUUGAAAUUUGACACAGAGAAAACUUAGUCAUCAAGUAGCGAUGAUUUAGCUGUCGUUCGAUUAAAACAACAAAAGAUACAGAACUA